GAGCCGGCGGGCCCCGCACUGCUGAGGAGCGGAGCCUCCGCCGGGGACCCCCAUCCCCGGCUGUCCCCCCAGCUGCGCGUCCCCGCCCCACCCUCGCGGCCGAGCCUCCACUGCCGUGGCGAUCUCCACCUGCUUGCUGGAGGAGCCCCGAGCCGGUGACCCACCCUGUUUCACAGUUUCUUGGGCAUCUUGGAUUUCGGGACGACCCCCUCCCCCAUCUCUCCCUGUUUUCUGCACCCCGAUUUUUUCUGCGUCUGGCUCGCGCUUUGCAGCCGUCUGUUUUUGCAUCGCUUUUUGGUUUGCUUUCAAGGAGGAGUCUGGGGACUGGAGCUACAUUGCCAUCCUCCCCUUAUUAGCUUUCCCUGCCUGACAGACCCCCCUUUCCAUCGCAGUCGGGGGGCCUACGAUCGCAGCAUCUCCCGCCGCGCUGCCAGCACUCCGCUGGGAGCCUAGCCCUGCUCCCCGGGAUCUGCAGCAGCUUGCACCUCUUGAGGGGGGUCUUCCUCGCUCCCGGAGCCUCUGCUCCCCUCCAGCUCCAGCGAGUGGAGGGCUCCAGCGCGCGGCGCCCCAGCUUCUCCGCAGCCCCCCACCUCGCGCCGGGACUCGCCCCGCGCCGCCAAGAUGGUCAUCCAGAAAGAGAAGAAGAGCUGCGGGCAGGUGGUUGAGGAGUGGAAGGAGUUCGUGUGGAACCCGAGGACGCACCAGUUCAUGGGCCGCACGGGGACCAGCUGGGCCUUUAUCCUCCUCUUCUACCUCGUCUUCUAUGGCUUCCUCACGGCCAUGUUCACGCUCACCAUGUGGGUGAUGCUGCAAACCGUGUCUGACCAUACCCCCAAGUACCAGGACCGACUGGCCACACCCGGCUUGAUGAUUCGCCCCAAGACAGAGAAUCUUGAUGUGAUUGUCAAUGUCAGCGACACUGAAAGUUGGGACCAGCAUGUUCAGAAGCUCAACAAGUUCCUGGAACCUUACAACGACUCCAUUCAAGCCCAGAAGAAUGAUGUAUGUCGCCCUGGGCGCUAUUACGAACAGCCUGAUAAUGGAGUCCUCAACUAUCCCAAACGGGCCUGCCAAUUCAAUCGGACCCAGCUGGGCAACUGCUCUGGCAUCGGGGACCCCACCCACUAUGGUUACAGCACUGGGCAGCCCUGUGUCUUCAUCAAGAUGAACCGGGUCAUCAACUUCUAUGCGGGAGCCAACCAGAGCAUGAACGUGACCUGUGCUGGGAAGCGAGAUGAAGAUGCUGAGAAUCUUGGCAACUUUGUCAUGUUCCCUGCCAAUGGCAAUAUUGACCUCAUGUACUUCCCCUACUAUGGCAAGAAAUUCCAUGUGAACUACACGCAGCCCCUUGUGGCCGUAAAGUUCCUGAAUGUGACCCCCAACGUGGAGGUGAACGUGGAGUGCCGCAUCAAUGCUGCCAACAUCGCCACGGACGAUGAGCGGGACAAGUUUGCCGGCCGCGUGGCCUUCAAGCUCCGCAUCAACAAGACCUGAGACGCCUUCCUCUCACCAUCCCUGCCCCCCGCCGGCUGUCCCUCUCCGACCUCUCUCCUGUGGAUGCUUCUGGAAUGUCCCUGACCCUGCCUGAUCCCUCCCUCACCUGCCCCAAAGGUAUUUUUUAUAACAGAGCUAUGACUCCCAACUUCCCACCCUGCCUGAUGGGCCUUGGGACUCUCCUGGCUACAGCAAUCCCUCUACCCACUCACACACACACACGCUGCCCCAACUUCCCCCCAACCUGAGCUUGGCCAGAGAUGGGAAGAUGGGUUACCAAGAUGGUUACAGAGCUAAGGGCAGCCGCUAUAGUUCCAUGAUGGUUGCAAGUGGGGUGUUUUUACAGACCAUCACUUCGCUUGCUCCCUUUUCUGGGGAGCUGCAGCAAAUACCACUUACCCACUGCCCUACACAAACACACACACACACACACACCCUUGUGUCAGCUCUUGGCUUCCCUUCUCCAUUCCUGCCCCCUCUGUUUCCUUUCCCUCCCCAUGUUCCUUGUGGGUUUUUACAGCUGCUUUCCCUGGAAGUGCUGUUGCCCUCUCGGCUGCUUUCCUUGUGGGUACCUGAGCACAAGCUGGUUGGUUCUAUGGCCUCCCCUGCACAUUCUGCUUCUCACCCUGUGAUGACCCCACGAGCUGGGAAACAAGGAGCUAGAUAUCCCUGUCGAUCCUUCUUGAACAUUCUAGAGAAAGAGCAACCCCUGGUUCCUUCCCUGUCCCUCCAAGAGCCACAGCUCCUCAAGACAGGAUGGACAGAGACUUAAAUUCUCUUUUUACC